AUGUAUUUGCCGUAUCUUUUCAUAAAUACUGCGCUUAUUGCUCAGGCCGUAUGGUCUGUCGGGACUAAUGACCAAGUCGAACCCGACUUCGAUUAUGGCAGCUUUCAGAAUCCCUCAUCGAAUGUGAGACCACGCUUCCGCUACUGGGUGAAUGAUGCAUCCGUGAACUUGAGCGUGGUAGCAGAGGAUGUGAAGGCUAUGGGUGAAGCAGGGGCCGGUGGGCUUGAGCUACUCGGUUAUUAUCUGUAUGGAGACUCGCUGAAUAAUGGUGGACUAUUGCAAUGUCCCUUGCAGUCGGACUGGACUACAUUCGGUUUUGGAAGUCCAGCUUGGAAGGACCUGGUCGACACUGUCUUGACAACAGCAAAAGAAUAUGGUUUACUUGUAGACUUGGCCAUUGGGCCAAACCAAGGUGCUGGUGUUCCGUCGCCCUACAAUGAUGAUGGCCUUUUGUGGGACUUAGCUGGGUUCAACUUGACAUUUUCCCCCGACAAGGGCUAUGACGGCAUUAUUCCUGGUUGGGGCGCGGGUCCUCUGAUUGCAGCUGUUACCGCACAAGUCAGCUCGACCGGUUCAAAUGAUGAUACAUACAAAGUACUACUGGAAAGCUCACUACUGGACGUCACACCUCUCGUCAACUCCAACGGGCAUCUUCAGGUAAAAGCAAACGACACUGCGGAAGGUUGCCAGUAUCUCUUUGCUUACUACUUAGUUCAUUCUGAGUAUCGUGAGGUACAGAGUCCUGCUGAUGUUAUGGCCGCUGUCCCUCAAUCGCCCAUAACGACUUACUCUCAGAACGGGUCAUGGGUUGUCGAUCAUUUUUCUCCACAGGGCGCGUUAGCAGUUGUGAACUUUUGGAGACAGGCAUUGCUGGACAGCGAGAGUGGCGCACUGAUUCGCGAAGUGGGCAAUUACCUCUGGGAAGACAGCCAAGAAUAUACCGUCUCCACAUUCUGGACCCCGCGCCUGCAAGAGGUAUUCAAAGCCAAUCGAGGCUACAGUAUCAACAGAUUUAUUCCCAUUCUGAUCGGUUCCGGCGGCGGGUCUACUCCAGACAUCACCUAUGUUACUGAUGAGCUUGAUGCAGGUGCCAGUCAUACAAUGGAUUAUCAGCAAACACUCACGGAACUGAACGCCGAGUAUCUCACAUCUUUGACACAAUGGAGCAAUGACCUAGGCAUUCAAUUUUCGGCACAGGUAGUAUACAACCUGCCUAUGGACAUGCUUGCCAACGUACCCUACGUCAAUGGUCCCGAGUGUGAGACAUUAGGUUUUAGCGAUAACAUCGACAGCUACAGGCAAUUUGCUGGCCCCGCGCAUCUUGCCGGGAAGCGUAUCAUUUCCAGUGAAGCUGGUGCAGAGAUGUUAAAAGUAUACCAGGAGUCCAUACCUGAGCUUCUAUGGACCCUGAAACGUUCUCUUGCCGGAUCUGUCAAUCAGUUCGUGCUUCAUGGUUACCCAAACUCGGGUAAUUAUGGAAACACAACGUGGCCGGGCUUUACAACCUUUUCGUAUUUGUUCUCGGAGAUGCAUGGUCCUCGUCAGCCGGCUUUUGCCUAUUAUAGAGAUUUUCUGGACUGGCUCUCUCGAAACCAGUUCGUAGAGCAAACAGGUAUCCCUAAGGUGGACAUUGCCUUUUGGUCGAAGUCUACCACAUACAAGACUGUUCCCACUACUUACAGUCCUGUUGAUCUACAGAGCACAGGCUACACAUAUGAAUACCUAAGCCCCGACAACUUUGCGCUACCCGGAGCGUUUGUCUACAACGGCACUUUUGCGCCUAAUCAGCAGGCAUUCAAAGCCCUCGUUGUGCGAGCAAACGAGACUCUGACAGCGUCUGGAGUUGCGAAACUUCUUGAAUAUGCUUAUUCCAAGCUCCCGAUUAUCUUCUCCGGUGGACUGCCAUCGAACUUCAGCGGGUGCAAUCCUAAAGCUGCGAGACAAGCUGUCAGUACGAUUAAAAGCCUAACUUCUUUGGAUAACGUCCACACUGUGCCGUACGAGAACCUGGCGGCAACGCUCAAAUCUCUCAACAUCCUGCCGCGUACAUCUGUGAGCGCGGACAGAACCUGGUACACCACCUGGAGGCAUGAUACAAAGACGCUUACGGACUACGUCUAUGUUUACAAUGAUGCAGCCGGGGUCCCAUAUGGAGGUGGAAUCUCUUCAGGAAGUAUAUCUUUUGAGACAACGGGAACACCCUUCUUGUACGAUGCCUGGUCAGGCGAUAUUAUCGCCUUGUCUAUCUACCAGAAGUCUGAGACCCAUGUUACAAUUCCUCUUACGCUAGCCGGAAACCAGUCCGUGAUUAUCGGCUUCCAUCAGAACGCCCAGCCAAAUCUCCAUCUACAGAAUAUAACAGAUGGGGUUCUUUGGGCAACCGGGAACACGACAUCCCUCGCCGUUCUUAGAUCCUUUGAUCAGGAGUCUCGCGAAGUCUACCUUUCCAGCGGAAAGUCCGUGACCCUAGCCCCGAUGCUGACGCCUACAUUUACGCUUGGCAACUGGUCGCUGGUAGUCGAGUCAUGGACCGCACCUUUGGACUUCUAUAACGUCGAGUUAGGACCGACGCGCACGAAUCAAACGUUUGAUCUUCUGACUCUAGUGCCCUGGAACCAGGUAUCGGCGUCUCUAACCAACGUUUCUGGAAUCGGGUACUACUCGACAAUGUUCGACUGGCCUCCACAGGCCACAAAUGGCACGGUCUCUGGAGCAAUUAUCGAUCUCGGGCCCGUUAUGCACACGGCACGCGUCACCAUAAAUGGACACGUACUGCCACCGGGCGAAAUCACUUGGGCAAAGUGGGAUAUUGGGCCUUUCCUUCGACGCGGUCAUAACAUGGUGGAGGUCGUUGUUAGUACCCCUCUGGGGAAUGUGCUGCGAACAUACUGGGAUGAACUGGAGACGAGUGGGAAGCUUGCCGCUGCCGUUAUGCCGUUCCCACCGGAUGAGGCAGACUACGGAUUGAUUGCUCCGGUGAAGAUUAUUCCUUAUCGUGAAGACCGGGUUGCUUAG